GUCACUGUCAUUGAUAUUCGCAACAGCUCACAACAUAAAAACAUGGAAUGUGCGUAAAUUGUAACCGGACUGCUUUUGGUUAUAAAAAUGAAGCUUUUCAUGAGAAUAAUAAAUAAAACUCUAAGACGCCUGAUACAAUCUUAUGUAACUAACGGCUCCGCACUGAUGAAAUACAAAUAAAAUAAUCUUUCAUCGCGUAUUUCCACCUUGUUUGUUAUAUUUUUACACGUGUUAAACUGUUAUCAUGGAGCCCAAGGAUUUAAAGCCAUUUUAUAUGGACUACACACAAAUGUUAAUAGAUGAGAUCGCUUUGGAAGGGCUGGAAGGCAUUGGGCUGGAUUUAUUAUGGCGUCGGAUGGCGAAACGUAUGUCAUCGGAGGUAACGAAAAAAAUGAAAAAUCGCUACUGGAAUUCGAUUCUACAAUUUGAUUGUAUACAGUUCUACUUACUCCCAGAGCCUAUCGUGCGGUUGGAAAUAGUGGACAGAUUCACAUUAAUUGAUGAAGAAACUGGACAACUUAAAUCUCCUGAUGAUUACCUAGACGGGCCUUAUGAAUAUUGUCCUGUAGAUAAUGAAUAUGGAUCUUGUAAAUAUUACAAUACAAGAAAACUGAUGCCAAAAGAAGACUUUGUACAUCUAUCAUAUGAGAAGGUGGAAUUGGAAUACAUAGACAACUUGGUUCUGGUUGCAUCUAUUGAAGAAAGAUGGCGAGCUUUGGCUGGUCACACACCAAUCAUUUAUUUGAGCCAAUUAUCAAGAAUACAUUAUUGCAUAUUAGAGUUGGUCGGAAGAUCUAGAGAAAAUGGGCAAAUGACAUUUGGUGUAACCAACAUUACCAAGGUGGUGAAGGAGCCUAAAACUUUGUUCUAUAACAGAAAGCAUUUGCGAGAUCUGGAUUUAAUCAGAGUCCAGUAUAUAACCCAAAUACUCAAUGAUAGAGGUGUUAAAAGCUUGUUGUUAAGGCUUAAAAGAUUCCAUCAACCUAAAAUUCUCAGUAUGCCUAAAGUGGGGAAAUUGCACACAAUAGUACAACACUUGUUGCAAAAACCAGACUAUAGUGAGAAGACAGAUAUAUUGAUAAACAAAGGAAUGUUGACAUCAUCUCAUAGUAGAAAAUUGAGAAAAACCGUUAACAUAUUUAGUUUUAACGAAAGGGUUGUACCAUCAGAGAAGCAAAAGGCAAAACCGAUAAAAAAAAGUUUUAUAUCACUAUCUGCAGAUAGUGAUGAGUCUUCGCCAUCAGAAGACGAAAAUGAACCUCCACGGAAAUGCCAAUACAAAGUGGGUGUUGGCUUGUUGAGGCAGGCUUAUGAACAGUUCCUGGUAGCAGGACGCACAGGUUUAACACAAGUGGAGUUGUCACAACUGUUGGGGGUAGAAUUCUACACAAGCAGAACUAUUUGCAGGAUAUUUCGCUCUAAACACAUUGUUAGAGAAUUUUUAGAAGAUAAGGGGAGACAGAGAAAAGCUAGAUUCAUUGCCAUUGCUAAUACUGGCAAAAUGGAAAUUACAUAUGCAAAAGAAAAGCAAAAGUUUUUGGAGUAUCUUAAUGAUUGUAGUAAUUUAAGUAAUGUGAAAACUGAAAUCCUAACUACUCCAGAAGAGAUUCCAAUAGAGUACAGUCCGGUACCGUCAGUAGAAAGGAUGGAAGUAGACAAUGAUCCAGAGUCAGAAGACAAAAAGAUUAUAAAAAGUGGAAACAUAGAACAGUAUGUCACUGAAGUUAAAGUUCUAAAUGGUUAUGAGCACAUAAAAGUAAAGACAUUAGAAUACACAGACAGAAAUCUCUCCUUAAGGCAACUGAGAUUUGCAAAUGGUCUACUGAAGAUUGUAAAAGAAAAACUUUGCGUAUGCGGCUAUCAAUCGCUGAGCAAUUUAGUUGCAGCCGAAACCGGCGAGCCACCAAUGUACGCGAAAUGUCUCAAAUCAUUCCUACAGAAAUUAGUGAAUAGUGGCCAUUUGAAAAUGUAUAAAGUAAAGUGGCCAGGUUUCCAAGAAAGGUAUUCGUUCUUCAUAUGCGCACCAAAUAUAACAGUCUCAGACCCAGUGAUAAAAGCUAAAUGUAGAGAAAUCAACAUACGAGCAGCCAGUAAAAUGAAAGCAAAUAUGAAAAAAGAGAUCAAAGAGGGCCCUGGAAGGUCGCUGUCGCGCAUAACUCUUCCGCGAUAUAUGAGAAUCCAGAAACUGCACGAGUUUCUCAUAUCGCUCGUUUAUUUUAAUCCAGUAAGAAAGUCCCCACAAUUCUCUGAAGGAUUUAUUUCGAUGGAUGAUUUUAUACCAGAGAUGACAGUUGAGUUUGCACUUGGUAAUAUUACCAACAUGAGUACAUUGAGCUUCCAUGACUACAAUAUGGAUGAACUGCUCUGUGUAAGACUCAGAGAUGCGCCGGCUGAUCUAUACAGAGAUAUUUCCGAAUGCCCAAGUCUCCACAACACAAUAAGAAUUAAUCUCAAAGUACUUGCCAUGUUGGGACUGAUUCAAUUGAUUUAUCAAAGUGCCAUACAAACGCCGGAUCACAAAAAUUGCGGCACUACAUCAUUCGUAUUUUACGUAAAUCGACGAGCAAAGAUUAUAGACACCACUGGUAUAUGGCCAAGACCAAAUGCUGAUACAGCAAAUCUUGAAAAAUCCUUUUAUUUUGAAAGCUUUGAAGACGUCAAAACGUAUUGGAAAAAUGUUUAUAACAUAAGUCUAAAUACGAAAAUAAACGUAGCUAAACGGGAGCGUAAGAAAUAUACGCCUCCUCUAAGGCUACCUCACGAAGUACAUAAUUACGAUACCGGUGAACGAUUCUGUGAUGGACUUGGAACUUGCGGUUUCGACUCUUGCUUUUUCAUGGAAAUACCACGACUCUGGCACGCAACGUACAUUAAUGUUGCAAAAAAACCACAGGCCACCCUAAAGAAACCAACUAAAGCAGUAAAAUUAACUCAAAUAAAGAAAAAACCAAGGAAAAAGAUUACAAGAAAAAAUAAAGCCACCAGUAGAGAAAGUCAAUCCACCCUUAAGACGAUCUAAAAAGAAAGUUAAUGAUGCAACUGUCGUAUGGAGUAAAGAAGAAGAUAGGUUAAUAAUGUUAUGCAUAUGUGCCAGAACUAUAAUGAGUACAGUAGCGCAACCGGGUAGUUUGAAAGUUAGGAAUAACGUUGCACAAGAUUUGCUUUCCGUGAAUGAUCCUUUGAAGACUCGAAGUGUAUGUCACAGUAGGGCUUUGCACUUAGAAGCUAACGCAGUUUUAAUACACGAAAAGGACGCUAUUCUGAAUGAAGUGCGUCGACGUCCAGAUAUAAUAAUAAAAUACGAGACUAUUUUCAAAAAAAUAAGGCUUCGUUUCGCAGGCAACAUGUCGAAAUAUGUGAACGAGUCCAAAUUACCGAUGAUGGAGUUGGUCUGGAUCAUGUCGCGCAUUGACCGUAUUAAUGCUUUAAAAGAAAGAAUUCCAUGCAUCGCGACUAAUAUAGAAGACUUCUUUGACAAAUUUACUAUAAAACCAUCUUCAAACGUAUCAAAUACUUUGGAAACAAGAGAAAACGCGGCAUUAAAAGAAUGUAUCAUACUAACUGUAAUGUUGUCAUUCAACACUGAACUCAAACGUGAAGUUAGUAAAAAGAUAUAUUACAUGCUCAAAGAAUAUCCAGAAAGCACUUUACGUAUUGUACUCGACGAACUUAGAAAAGGUGGUGCGGUUGUUGCAAAGGAAAAAGUUAUGAAUGGUUUGAUGCACAGAUUCAAUUUCGAAGACAUGGUCAAGACCUCAUACAAAAUAUCAGCAAACUACCAACGAAGAUGGUUGGUUAGAUUGAAUUCGGAAUUUGCUGAUAACGUAGCCAGUCUCAUGGAUACAGAGAUUCCGCAAAGCAAUUGUAGAGUGUCGGCUGAAACAAACUGUUUGUUGUGCGAGAUGCAAGCGUGCGAAGUUGUAGAAAUCAAUUCUACUACAAUACCAGUCAUUAUUGACUGUUCGGGAACAUCGGUGAUUCAAGACGAGCCGUUAUCUGUAAUUGAUAUUGAAACAAAAUACAAAUUAAAGUCGGGAACUUUGGGGUGGAAGAACAAAACAGAUAUACAGAAAUUCUCACAAUAUAAAUAUGACUAUCCAGAUUUUGAUGAUCUAUUGAAAACUCUUGCAAGAGAUGCUGCAGUUCUAUAUACAAAAACCGAAAAGACGGAUAUGGAUAAUAAAAUCGUGUCGUAUUUGAAAAUUAAGGGUCAAGAUGGCUCCACAUUCAAGGAACUACAGGAUAUAUGUGGCUAUGACAUCAACACUCUUAUACAAGAAUUGAAAUAUCUAGAAUCCGCUUACAUCGUCAAACGUGUGGGAUAUCACGAUAAUGUUAUAAUACUUCUCGAAUUCAUCAAAUCUUGGACAGUGAAGUUAGAAAAGACAUACAUCAUACCAACACCUUGGUUGACACUGGACAUUGAAAUAAGACCUGAUAUAUUUUUGAAAUGGACUGGCGUGGUCAUGAAUAAAAUAUUCGAGUAUCCCGGCGCGUCAAUAGGUUACAUAACUACUGUAUGUGAUUUCUUAACAGCCAGAGGUGUGCAGGACGUAUGUGUGUUUUUAAAACAAUACAAGUGUAUAACAUUGAAUUGUAUAAAACGGCGGGAAAUAGAUUUGUUUUCAGACGAUGAUGAUGAACCACAAGAGUUCAUUGAUUACAAUGAAUAUGAUUCAGUUCACAAUAUUUUCGCACUGCCAGUACCGAAUGCUAUAAGCAGGUACUCGUACUUAAGAAAACUUAUGUUAGAUAGAUAUAAGAAUAACGAUGAAAUGGAAAUAGAAGAACACGAAAUUACGUAAAACUUUACAUUAUGUACGCCAGAAGUCUUUGAAAAUCAUUGUAAUUACCUUCAUCUGUACACUACGAAAAUAUAAACUUGUAUAUUAUGUAUAAUCUAUUGCUGUAUAAUCUUUAAUGUAAAUUUUGUCGGUUUUGGAGGAGGACGAUAGGGAGACGAAAUGUGUAAGGAUUGCUUUCAUAUAAAUAAUGAGAUAAUUAACGAAAAAUAUUUUUUAAUAACAUCCUGAAAGUUGUUAUUUAAUUUCUCAGCAAAGCUUCUAUGGACAAAGGGAAGAAGUUUUAAAUUUUUCCUCUGUGUACUUGUUUUUUUUUUUUUGCUAGUUAUAUGGUCUUAAUAAGGGAACUCACACUGGGCUAGUUAUUUCCGCUCUAGCUAAUACAGAUCUCCGCCCCGCUUCGGCUUGCACAUUAUUUCAAUUCUACCAUUUAUUGCAAACCUUACCGUUUUAGCUAAGUGUGAUAUUCUCUCUUCCUUCCUGUCUAAGUGUAUAUUAUCUCUCCUUAAGUGUACAUCAGGUUUAAAACCCCAAACAUGUAUGUAAACUAUUAUUCAAACAAAAUCGUAAAUAAAGUUUGUAUAAAAUA